AUACAAUUUUAUCUCCAUUAUGUCAUCACACUUUCCAGAACCUGUUUUGUUUGAAUGUCCGGAAAGAAAUAAAAUAAUCUUUUCUACAAUAAUAAACAUUAUGAGGCAGGAUCCCGUAAAUCUUUGAUUGUAAGCUGGUAAACUACACAGAACGACCUGCCACAUGUGAUGCCAAGCUACUACAGGUGUGGUUUGAAAUUGACCAAUCAAAAUAAUGAACAGUAUUGGCGGUCAUUUGGAACUCACAGUUAAUAUGCUGAUAAGCGUUUGGCUGUUUGUUGUGGCAUGAUGGAGAAUUCACUUGCAUUUAGGAAUUUGGAUAAAUGACAAAAAAAAAAACUUGGAACAAUCUUGAAAUUAGAUGACAUAAAAGUGCCUAGAAAGAGCACUGACAUGUACAAAGAAGGAGACAUAGUGGAAACUAAGUGUUGGGGAUUUAAAGGGUUGCACAAGUGCUUGUUGGCAAAAAUUGGAGGAGAAACAGACCGCAGUAAUUUAGAGGAUAUAUUAAGAGGGGAUGCAUUUAACGAGUUAAAAGAAAAAUUUAACAUCAAAGACGAGGAGGAAACCAUUGAUGACUUGGGCCAUUUGAAAAGGAGAAAAUCUGAUUUACCGUUAAUUGCAAAGAAAUCAAGGACAUCAGAUGUGCCAGAACAAGAGAAAAAAAAGUCCAAGGUCACAUCAGUUGAUAAAAAAACUAAACUCUCCACUCCAAAGAAGCUUAAAUCUUUGGCUCAAGUGUCUGCUGAGUUAGAAUUGACAGAGUUAGAAUCUUCCACAAAAGCUAAGACUGCAUGUGACAAUGACAUAUUGGAAAUUGGGAGUGAAGAAAGCACAAAAAUCAACAUACCUCAACCUGAAAAAAGUUUAAGAAUGACUGACUUAAGUCAUACAGGAACAGAAGUAAAAGAACCACAUGAAAUUGAAGAGAACAAUGAGCUAGACCUGUUGAAUCACAGUGAAGCAUCUGCCUUCAAACCACCACAAAACCAAAAGCAUGGCAUGGUGGGAGUGCUUUAUAGGGAGGCCAUGGGUGUGGUUAAUAAUGAAGAAGCCAGUUCUUCAACAUUUGAAGAAUGUCAAAGCCAAAUGCCAUCUUGUGGCUUGAACUCGUUUCAGGUUGGUCAGAUCUGGAACUGGCUCCAAUCACUUGAGAACAGAGUUAAUUGGCUAAGCACUCAGCAACAAUCCUACCAACAAUUUUACACCCCCAGAACUACAGAACAACAGUCUAGAGAACAGACAUACACUCGAUCUGAAAGUAAGGUGGGUGAACACAUGCCACACCGACAUGUUGGUCAAGGGAACGGGGUACGGACAUCUUUAGAACAGGAUUUCCAGAAUUGUGAAACAAGUACUUGUACAAGCCCACAAGAACAGCUAUAUGGGUCUUAUACCAAGAAUCAGCUUUUAGCAAAAAUUGAAGGGGUUACUGAUUAUUCCAAGGCCGCAAAAACGCUAUUUAGGACCCUUUACAAGGAAGAAGAGUAUCGCGGCCGGUCCCUGUGUGGCGGAAAGCCGAAUAAGCGGUACCUGGCAAGGCCACCACUUGAAGACCAAACCAAAUUGCACAUAAUAUAUGAUAUUAUUCAUGAAAAAUAUGGACAAGGACAAUCACAUACCAAAGAAAAGUUAAGGGAGAUAUUAAAACCAACACUAAACAAAUGAAGAGACUUGAUAUGAUGUGUUUGUGUCCAUAAAUAUUAAAGAUGUUCAAAGAAUUUUUAUAGUUAUCUCUUUGUUUAUGUAAUGUUAAAAAGUCAGAUUACAGAAGUUAAGGUUCAAAUGUAUGAUUGAAUGAGAAUGCAUCUUAAAAUAAAAGAUAGUUAUAUCAUUAGGUCAGUUUUAUUUUUUUUUGCAUAAAACUCUUAAUAAAGUCAACUGUAUGAAAGAUUAAGUCACUAAUGUAUUAUGCUACUGGCACAGAAUGAUUUGCUUCUGUCUGUCCAACUGUCCAUCUGAGACCUGGAAUUAGUGGUUUUAAGAGAAAUUAUUUUAGUCGACUGUGUAGGAAGGUAUUAGCUUAUAAAGACACUUUCAAAUCGGUUGCUGGAACCAACCCGUAGUGAGCAAUGAGUGUAAAGUUUCUUGCUCAAUGAAACAACUUGUCCCUGACAGGGUUUGAACCAAUGCAGCUUGCUAUCAUUAAAUUACUAGUCCAUAUAUUAACUGCUCGGCCAUGCCGCCACUACUACUUCCUCUUUCUACAGUAUCCCUAAGGUCAGAACUUUUUUCCAGAGUGGCUCUGGAAAUUUUUUCCACAGUAGCUCUGGAACCUAUUUUUAACUGCGGAACUUUUUUCCAGAGUGGCUCUGGAAAUUUUUUCCAGAGUGACUGCGGAACCUUUUUUAACUGCGGAACUUUUUUCCAGAGUGGCUCUGGAAAUUUUUUCCAGAGUAACUCUGGAACUUUUUUCCAGAGUAACUGUGGAAAUUUUUUCCAGAGUACUAUAACAUAUAAGGAAAACAAUUUCCAGAGUUUCUUUGAUAACUCCGGAACAUUUUCACGGAAAACUCCGGAAACAUUUCAUGAAAAAAGCUCUGGAAAUUCGUGGAAGGUGUCCAUGAUUUUUUUUCAAUUUUCCGUGAAAAACUCCGGAAAACUAGUCCGAAUUAUCCAGAGUUGGAGAUUUCCAUGAAUUUCCGGUAUUUUUUCAUGGAAAUUCAUGGAAAAUGUACGGACGGG